AUGGCCGUGGGGGUGGCCGCGCCGGAGGUAGGGGACCCCGCGGCAGCGACGCUCGUCGGCGGGGGUGGCGCGGGGGGUGAGGCGCCAUUACUGGCUGCUGGGAAGGAGGAUCCGCCGCCAGCGGAUGGGGUGCCCGCAGUCGAGGUAGAGGGGAAGGGGGCGGCGGUGAGGCCAUCGGAGGGGGCACCGGCGGCGAUCGCCGUGGAAGGGGAGGAGGAGGAGGAGGCCCACAAGGACGAGGACAAGAGCGAGGCGGAGGCGGCGGAUGGGGUGCCCGCAGUGGAGGUAGAGGGGAAGGGGGCGGCGGCGCCAUUGGAGAGGGCACCCGCGGUGAUUACCGUGGGAGGGGAGGAGAGACCCACAAGGCCGAGGAAGAGAGAGGCGGUGGCGGCGGAGGCGGAGGAGGGGGAUGAAGGAGAGAAAUGGCUGGGGCACUACUCCUCCGGGCAGAGCAUACUGAUCGUCGGCGACGGGGACUUCUCCUUCUCGCUGGCGCUGGCCACCGCGUUCGGUUCCGGCCUCAACCUCGUCACGACGUCCCUCGACACCUAUGAGGCUUUGAGGGGCAAGUACAGCAAAGCAGAGUCAAAUAUAAUGGAGCUGAAAAGAUUGGGCGCCACAGUUUUGCAUGGUGUUGAUGCAAAGAAAAUGAGGUUUCACGCCAACUUGAAGAGCAGCCGGUUUGAUCGUAUUGUCUUCAUUUUUCCCCAUGCUGGCUUCAAAGGAAAAGAGAACGACAUGCAUAUGAUCAACUUGCACAAAGAGUUGUUGUGGGGCUUUUUCUUCAAUGCACGCCACCUUGUUCGGCGAUAUGGUGAAAUCCACGUUACCCACAAGACCGGGCUCCCAUACGACAGAUGGGAUCUUGAGCACCUGGCCUCUGGGUCUUCUCUUGCUAUGGUUGAGAAAGUUCCUUUUCAAAAGGAAGACUACCCCGGUUAUAACCAAAAGAGGGGAGAUGGUGCGAGAUGUGACGAACCUUUUGACCUAGGCGCUUGUUGCACAUUCAAGUUCCAAAUCGGGGACUUGAAGAAGCUGAAGAAAAGGAAUGGAAAGAGACCUGGUUCAAUCCCAAGUCUUGGAGGCAGCAACAUCCAUCCUGGCAAUUGGACAACCGACCGAGCCAGACAACACAGGCAGAAUGCUGAUGCCCCCGCCGCCUUACAUAGCUGA